AUCUUUGGUGUUUGCUUUGCCCUCUAGUUUGCCAGGCUACCAGGUCCACUCUCCUGCAGACAUCUGUAUUUGUCUUUUUUCUGCCUGCAAACACCCUCCAACAGCAAAAAUGGAAGCUGUCAAAAAAAAGAUGCUUAUGCUAAAGUUGGACAAGGAGAAUGCACUGGACCGGGCUGAACAAGCUGAGGCGGACAAGAAAGCAGCUGAAGACAGGAGCAAACAGCAUGAAGAUGAACUUCUGCAGAUGCAAAAGAAGCUCAAGGGGACGGAGGAUGAGCUGGAUAAAUAUUCUGAAGCUCUUAAGGAUGCCCAGGAAAAGCUGGAGGUUGCAGACAAAAAGGCUGCUGAUGCUGAGGCAGAAGUGGCUUCGCUGAACAGACGCAUCCAGCUUGUGGAGGAGGAGUUGGACCGAGCUCAGGAAAGACUGGCAACAGCUCUGCAGAAACUGGAAGAAGCUGAGAAGGCAGCUGAUGAGAGCGAGAGAGGUAUGAAGGUGAUUGAGAACAGGGCCCUAAAGGAUGAAGAAAAGAUGGAACUUCAGGAGAUUCAGCUGAAAGAAGCCAAACACAUAGCAGAAGAAGCUGAUCGCAAAUACGAGGAGGUGGCUCGCAAGCUGGUAAUUGUAGAAGGAGAGCUGGAACGAACAGAGGAGAGGGCAGAACUGGCUGAGGCUAAAUGUGCUGAGCUGGAGGAGGAACUGAAGAAUGUCACCAACAACCUUAAGUCCUUGGAGGCACAAGCUGAGAAGUACUCUCAAAAGGAGGACAAGUAUGAAGAAGAAAUCAAGAUCUUGACUGACAAGCUGAAAGAGGCUGAAACCAGAGCUGAGUUUGCUGAAAGAUCUGUGGCCAAGCUGGAGAAGACUAUUGAUGAUCUGGAAGAUGAGCUUUAUGCUCAGAAACUCAAGUACAAAGCCAUCAGUGAAGAGCUGGACCACGCUCUCAAUGACAUGACCUCCAUCUAAAUACCCAGAAUCUCAACCCUGACAAGUUCAGGAUCUUCUUCCUUUCCUCCUCAUCCCAACCACCUGGUGGCUCCUGUGGUGCUGCUGCAACUUGUCUCUGUUCUGAUAAAAAUGACAUUUUUUCUGUUUUCUUCAGUAUAUCAGGCACGGUCAAAGAAAACUAAUUCUGGGUCAAUGUAUUCAUGAUUUAUUUACUCAAAUUGUGUCUUGUUUACAGUUAAGCCCCAAAUUAUUCACCCGUUGACAGACUUUAAAAUUAUUUUUAUUUAACCAAAAAGUUUAUCUAAUUGGACAUGAGACAGGCAUCUCUCAGAAAAGAAUAAAACAAUUUUGGAAAAAAGUGUUUUCAUUUCAAUUUGUUCUAAAAAAUAACAUGUAGAAAAUUAUUUCUACCCCUCUCAAUAACUGAUGAAAAAAUCUUUAUUGCCAUUACAGUAAUCAUAUUCUUAUUUGCUGCUCUGCUGUUUGAACAUUACCACUAGUAUUCUGAUUACUUAUCUUGGCAAUGAGCUCAAGGUCUGUGAGGCUGGAAGGCCUCAAAGACUUGGCCUCAAAGACUAGGCUCCUAAUCUUUAAUUCCCUCUAUAGAUUUCCUAUCAGAUUCAAGUUGGGAUUCUGGCUGGGCCGCUUCAAAACAUUAAUUUUACUUCCAGACAAAAGAUACAAAAUGGUAAAAUUAAAUUACUAAACUUGAAUUUUUUUUAACCAAAUUUUUUCAGGGGAAUUAAUAAUUUUGAGCUUAACUCAUCCAGCUAUUGUUCAAAUGCAUUUACGGUUAAUACAUACUGCUUUUAGGGAAGUUCAUUUAGAGCAUUGUCAUAGGAAGUAAUAGCAGAUAACCGCAGUCAUUUUUCCCCAACUGAAAAUGAGGUAGAUGUAUUUUACCUUCAGAAGCUACUAAUUUAUUUAUAAAAUAAAGUUCUCAGAGGGUGAUCUACAGUUAUGGCUAAA